AUGAAGACCUCCAUCACCCUCAUCACCCUCCUCAGCUUCUUCACCGCCGGCGCUAUCGCCUUGCCUACUGCCCAACAGGCCACCGAGGGCCCCGCGACACCCAACGUCAACGCCGUCCAGGUCAACUACGGCAAGCCCAGGUGCCCCGACUCACGGCUCGACGCGCUUUGCAUGGCCAGCAAUGCCAAUGCGUACUGCGACGCGCAGGGGUUCCAUAAUAACUUUAUGAAGACUUGCAAGGCGUGCUUCUGUGAGCAAUAA